AUGCUUAAUCCUGAAAUUAUUCCAUUAAUCUAUCCAAUUAAAGAGAUUUUUAUUACUGUUAAUUUUCCAAUGAGUAAGAUUUUUUUAACUUUAUCUAACUUUUGUAAAAGUUUGGACUAUAUAGAUAUAUUUAAUCCACAAGAAACAGAUAGCAGUGGUAUUGCAUCGCUGAUAAUAUCUCAAACAUCACUACGUACAUUAGUACUUCGUGGAUUUCAAUUUCUGGAUCAAAUAUUAUGUGCUCUUCCAUCUCAAUCCGGUUCACUCAAAGAUCUUACUUUUUCUUUUGUAGAUUUUUCUAAAUGUUCUCCAUUACAUGGUUUAGCAGCGUGUAAAAAUUUAAGAGAAUUGAAAUUUUGGGUGUGUUAUAAUAUUUCAGAUGAAAUAUGUGAACCAUUGGUGAACUGUGAAUUUGAGAAAUUAAGUAUCGUUGAUUUGGAAGAUACUUAUAGCAAGAUACUUAUGGAAUUGAAAGAGAAAAAAGAGAAUCAGCAGGAAUAA